AUGGCAACAGGAGCACCAGGAGGUAAUUUCCGAACAUGGACUCCAACACCACCAGAACGAGGGUCAUUCCCAUUAGAUCAUGAUGGUGAAUGUAAAGAGUAUAUGAUGAAAUAUUUAUCAUGUAUGAAAUUUACUGAGAAUAAAAAUGCUCCAAAUUGUCGAAUAUUAGCUAAACAAUAUUUAAAAUGUCGAAUGGAUAAUCAAUUGAUGGAAAAAUCUGAUUGGGAUUCUUUAGGAUUAAUUAAUUUACCUGGUGAAAAAGAUUUUGAAUUUGAUCAUCAUAUUAAUAAUAAAUUACAUGAUAAACAUGAUGGUGAUGUUAGUCCUAACAAUAAAUCAAUUGUGAGUUCUAAUACGAAAAAAUAA